AUGGCCCCUUCUGUUGAGGAACUCUUGGGAGACUACAAAUUCGACCUUUCUCGGCUCGAGCGAAUCUCAUUCCGCAAAGCCAACCCUCCCCUUGAGAUCGUGCCACCCAAUCCCGCAUGGCCUCAACACUUCGAGACCUUCAAGGCCCGGAUCGUCUCAGCCCUGGGCAACAAGGCCAUCGAGGUUCAUCACGCCGGGUCAACCAGCAUCCCCGGUCUCCCUGCCAAGAACAUCAUUGAUAUCGACCUGGUCGUGCCGGAUAACACCGACGAGCCGGCGUUCGUCCCCGCGCUCGAGGCUGCUGGCUUCCAGUUCCUCACGCGCGAGCCGCACUGGCACGGGCACCGCUUCUUCUGUGCCUAUGAGCCGCUGGUGGCGAACCUGCACGUCUGGUCGCCAGACUGUCCCGAGGUUGAGCGGCACCGCAUCUUCCGUGAGUGGUUGCUAGAGCACCCAGAAGACAGAGAGCUGUAUGUGAAGGUCAAGGAGGAGAGCUCACGGGCGACAAGGGAGACGGGUGGGUUAACCAUGGAUUAUAACUCUCUCAAGGAGAAGACCAUCCGUGAGAUCUUGCAGCGGGCUUUCAAGGCCUUGGGGUAUCUCGAUGGGGAAGAGAGAUCGGCUGAGUAA